UCUUAUUGGACUUACAAGUUUAUAUCUAAAGCCCAUUUAUUUGACCCGAGGACGUUUAUAUACACCCCUUUCUUCCUCCCCCUCUAAAACCCUAAUCAAUCAAUCCUAGUCUCGUCUCAAAAAAUCUACCGAGGGCGGCCCUUCACUGAAAUCAAAGGACGAAAAUGUAUCUUCAGUGCUAUAUCAACGAGAAGGGCGAAAAGGUUUACACCACCAAGAAGGAAUCACCGCUCGGGUCAGCCACUGAAUCUGCCCAUCCAGCCCGAUUCUCUCCUGAUGAUAAAUAUUCAAAGGAGAGAGUUUUGUUGAAGAAACGGUUUGGUCUUUUACCCACCCAGGGCGCACCUGUCAAGUACUGAAAGGCUAAAACACUCGAGCCUCUUUUGGUUUUGAUGUUUUCUCUAUUAUUAAAUGCUAUGUUGUCUCUUUAAUGAAAUGUUUGACUUAAACCGCCAUUACUGGCUAUGUUCCAUAUUGUCAAUCUUCGUGAACCUUAAAAGAAUGAUGAAGACGACUUAAUGAGAGUUGUUUAUUUUCAAA